AUGGAGACCAUCUCAAGGUACUUUAAGCAAGUGUCGUACGCUGUUGGGGAGCUCAGAGGAGAGAUGAUCAAGUCACCAACUGGUCAGACUCCUACCAAGAUUCGCACAAGCUCAAGAUGGUAUCCAUACUUCAAGGAUUGCAUUGGGGCAAUAGAUGAUACUCAUGUCACUGCUAGAGUGCCGAGGUCACAAGCUGCAACAUUCAGGGGGAGGAAGCACUACACAUGUCAGAAUGUGCUUGCUGUUGUUGACUUCGAUCUGAAGUUCACCUAUGUGCUGGCUGACUGGGAAGGGUCAGCACAUGAUGCUAACAUACUCAGUGAAAACAUCUGUCGUCCUGAUGGCAAGUUCUACCUAGGAGAUGCUGGCUAUGCAUGUCGGCCAGGUGUUCUUUCACCCUUCAGGAAAACUAGGUACCAUCUGAACGAGCCAGCAGCCGGCCGCUCGCUAGACCGGGCCUGCCUAGACAAAAUAGGAUUCUGUGUCCGUCACCACAACGCCGCGGCCAUUUUCACUUUCCAGUAUCCACCCGCGGCGGCGCUCCUCCUCAUUGUUGAAUCCCGCCCCACCUGCUCCGCGCUCGAACUGCUCGUCUGCUCGCGCCGCCCACCUCUCGCUCACGGACGGGGCGAGCUCCGGCGGCUCCGGAAGAAAUCGGGGCAGGGCUUGGCCGCGGGAGCUCCCCUCGACGAGCUUGGAGACGUCGGUGCCCGCCUGCUCUCGGAUUCACGGGUCGAGCUCAGCAGGGCGCGUCACCUGUUCGACGGAAUGCUCAGCAAGACAGCGGCGAGCGGCAAGGGUCAAUUCGGUGACCUCCCUGACGACCUCCUUCGGCACGUGCUGUCCUUUCUGCCUGCGGCUGAUGCCCUGCAGACUUGCGUGCUCGACACCGGGUGGCGUGACCAUUGGAGGCGCACCACCAGCCUGCCACUCAUCUUUGACCAGUCGAGUUUCCCGAGCUCCGAACGUUUCAAACAGCUGGUGAACCUCUUCAUCCACCUCCGCGGGGACUCACCUCUCGACAAGUGCAAGAUCGUUGGCUGUCUUGAUGAUGAUGAUGAUGAGCGCACAUACACAAACACCAUGCUGUUGAUCCAGUACGCUCUAAAGUGCCAAGUUAAGGAGCUCCUGCUCAGUGUUGCUACUGAAGAAGAUGAUGAUAAUGACGUCGAGUAUGACCCACUAGUACUCGAUGUGCCUCUCAUCUCCCAGCACUUGAAGAUCCUACACCUUAAACGGGUUGACCUAAAACGCUCCACUCUGAAUUUCUCGCGCUGCUCGUUUAUCUAUAGAUGGGAUUUAGAAUGCUGCCCCAUAUUUGACAAACUAAAGACUCUAUCACUCAAUGAGUGGUUUACGACUAUUGACCUACUGUGCAUUCUCCAACACUCUCCAGUUCUUGAGGUGCUCACUCUUCAGCUUGGUAGCACUGAGAAAUUCGUUAGAGCAACAGGAGCAGAAGAAAAGAUAGAACAAUCAUUUGUAUGCUCCCACCUUAAGGUUGUCAACAUUGAAUGUAGAAAGGUCGAUGAGGGAGUUCACAAAAUUCUGAAGUUCUUGAGUACAUGUGGCAUACUUCGUGAUCAAAUUAGCAUCACUCAUACUGUUUCAGUUUCCAGAAGCCUAUGCGUCCCUUGCCUCGGUCUACCGCAGAACCAGGCGUCCCCCUGACACCGCUUGGGAUGCGAUACAUGCUCGCUUGUGAUGGUGGUCUGAAGCCUCAUGUCUCUCUGAAUAUGUCUGUAACGACAGCCCUGUUAGUUGUUACCGCCAUAAUCAGUUUCCAGCUUUCUAUCCUUUGGUACUGUACUGGAAGCCUGCGUGUUUGUUGUUUGGUGAAACUCAUGAAAAUGGAUUUUAGCUGCUGCGCGUUCUUUUGGAUGAGUAGUUGGACCUGAGCUUGGUUUAAAACCAGGAGGCAACACCUUUUGUUGCAUCUUCUCUUUACCCUGUUGCAGUGUCCAUGUUUCAAAUCUUCGAGUUUGCCUGUCUGAUGGCACCAUCCAGGAAGUUUGCUGGAGAAAAUUACCGCCGUGACAGAAACAAAGGCCAGGCAAAACAUUUUUGUCUAAAUGGUCUGGUCAGCUUGAUGCAAAAAUCUUCUUGAUAUAUUGAGACUGAAUCACAAGAUGAGAAGCAUCUAUUUAUAAUCUUUAUGGCA